AUGUCAACCUUAUCCAUAUCUCAUCCUGGCGCUCUAAAUCCAAACGAAAUAAACCGGUCAUAUCAAGUAAUUACCGCGCCAUUGCCAAUCCAGAACUCGAAACCUUUGAUCUGGUCCACAGGACUUGAAAGUCCCGACAAUUAUGGCAAUGGCGUAAAGAAGGCCCACGUAAUUAUCGUGGGUGCCGGUAUUUCCGGUUUACGUGCAGCAUCGGUCCUACAACGUCAUGGAGUUGGUGUAACAAUCUUGGAAGGACGACCAGAUCGCAUCGGUGGUCGAAUCCACACCAGUCGCAAAUCUCCAAACGGGAAAGCUCGAGACAUUGGUGCUGCAUGGAUGCACGAAACUUCGCAGAAUAAAUUAGUUCAGUUGAUCAAGAAGCUCGAUAUCGAGUACUAUUAUGACGAUGGUACACCUCUGUACUUUACCAAGGAGGGAAGAGCAGGAUCUCAAUUCAAGGCGAAGAAAGUCGCUGAUGAAUUUGCUGACUACUGUGAGCACUACUUUGAAACUCAUCCUCAUGCUCCUGAUCGCUCUGUGAAAGAGUUCAUUCAUGAAUUCGUAGAGAAUCAUCCUUUGAUCACUAACAGUGAACGCAAAUGGGCUCCCCAAGCCAUUCGUGAGGUAGAACUUUGGAUCGGUACAUCCAUCGAAGAAGCCUCUUCUAAAUACUUGAGUUACUUUGUAACAGAGAGAAAUCUAUACAUGAAAGGUGGAUAUGAUAAAAUUGUCAAUUGGGCUGCCAGACCCCUUCAGAAGGACCCCGAGACGAUCAAACUUGGAGAAAUCGUCAAGAGCGUCCAAUGGGGUGAGAGCGACAACUCGAUAGUGGUUGAAACUUUGAAAGGGGACAAGAAGUCUACUUUCAAAGCUGAUGCUAUUGUUGUCACCGCACCUCUUGGUUGUUUGAGAAAGAAGAUGAUAAACUUCGAGCCAGCGCUCCCUGAAGAUAUUCAAGAGGGUAUUGACAACUUUUCCUAUGGAGCCCUUGGAAAAGUUUUUGUCGAAUUUGAAGAGGUGUUCUGGCCAAAGGACAAUGAUCAAUUCAUCUAUUACCCGUCCCCUCUCCCAGAGGGUACUCCAAUUGAUGAGUCUUCAAUCUUGUCCUAUGCCACUGUGACUUCCAAUUGUUGGAUCAUGUCUGGUACCAAGGAGCUCUGCAUCCAAAUCGCCGAACCUCUUACCCAACGAGUUGAAGCCAUGACCUCAACCAAGGACAUCUAUGCCUUUUUUGAGCCGCUGUUCAAACUCAUGCGUACAGAACCCUACAAAGACCUUCCUGAUCUCGUCAACCUUGAGACAACCCACUGGACCCAAGACCCACUCGCAGGAUUUGGAUCCUAUUCUGUCGAGAAAACCGGCGACGAAUCCGAACUCUUGAUCGAAGCCCUCGAACAUCACAAUCGCAGUCGUCUUCAAUUCGCCGGUGAACAUUGCACCAUCGUCGGAAAUGGUUGUGUCCACGGAGCAUUCGAGACGGGAGAGGUUGCGGCUAGGAACCUCUUGGAAACACUCGGAGUUGCAUAUGAUGGGAAUGAUACUACGGCUCGAAGUGUCUCCCCUUGA